AUGGAACUUGAUGUUGAGUUGUGCCAGUCGCUCAGGGAGGAAUUGGAACAGUUCCAAUCAGAUCUGAUGAAUUACAAAUACUUGCAGUUUCUGUUUAAAUGUCUCUUCUCAUUUCUCUCCGUGUUCUUUCUCCCGAAUUUCUUCAUUCCUAUUUCAACACUGCUUCUACCUCGGGAAUGUCUCCUUUCCAAUUUAAACUCUACUUUCACUCUGGUAUUUUUCCGUUCGUAUUUUAAAUCACCAUUUUUCUCCGGAAGUUUUUCAUUCAUUUUUUCACGUCCGCUUCUUUCUCUGCAGUUUCUUCAUUCUUUUCUCAGAUUCUCUUCUUUCCUGAAACAUUCUUCAGUUUUCCUUCUUUGCUCAGAGUUUCUUUACUCCGACUUCACCUCCUCUUUUUUCUCUGGAAUUUCUCGGUUUCUAUUUCCACUCCACUUCUUUCACCGGAAUUUCCUCACUCUUAUUUCAUAUCCACGUCUUUUUAACAAUUUAGCCAUUCCUAUUUCAACCUUCUCUCUUUUGUUUUUGACUUUGGAUAAAUAUAUUCCUUCUUUUUAUAUUCUUCCAACGUUUCAUUUUCACCCUCUUACUUUACUUCUUUUUUUUUCUUUCUUGACACUUUCUACAUCACAGCAUUUUUCGACUCUAAUUGUUUUUUUUACCUCACGAGACUCUUUUUUUUAUUUAUCUACAUUUUAA